UUGAUUAUUUCUUGUUUUGUGUCCGUCAUAAUUAAUUAAAGUGUGCAUUAAUCAGUGUCAAAAUGGCCACAAAAGUUGCAGCUCAUUACAUAUCAGAGAAGAUAUCCAAAGUACGCUGGCUGCCAGAGAAGCUGCAGCAAUCCGAACGUUUCGUUACCGGCAGCUGGGAUAUGAACAACAAUUUCGUGCGCUUGUGGCGUCUACAGUCCAAUCCAUAUGCUCAGAACGUUGAUCACACACCACGCUGCAAUGACAAAGUGUCAAUAGAGGGCGAUGUAACAGGCCUGGAGUUUGUUACCGAUGACAUUUUGGCCGUGAGCUCUGCAGACGGGCAUCUCAGCCUUCUAAAUGUGCAGCGAGCUGUCGAAGAAGAUCAAAUACAGCGCACAGCACGCAGCGAACGCCUGCAUGAAUUCAAGUGUAGUGGAACCAGCGCUCCUUGCACAGCGGUCGCUGUCUACGGCACCGACAUAGCUACUGUAGGUGAGGACGGUUGUGUAAAUGUGUUGAGUGCCAACAACUUGAAGCAAGUUAAGCGUUCCAUCGAAGCCGACAGCAUGUCACUGCUGGCCGUGAACUUUGUCAGCCAACAACAACUGGUGACGGCCAACCGAAUGGGUGUCAUUCGAAUGUUUGAUACACGCAUCGCCAGCGAAACUCAACCGAAAAUUGCUUUUAUGGUUGCAUGCCAAGAUGCAAAGAGUUGCAAUUUUGUUUCCUGCAUGGCCACGCAUCCCAUGCAACAGCAUAUUCUCAUUUGCGGCAGCGAAGAAGGAUCAAUUACCGUGUGGGACUUGCGCAAUUUGGAGUAUCCAGCCUCAUACCUCAGUGCGCACAAUAGUCCUAUCACAGACAUCGGAUUUCACAAUCAGGAUCCCUCGAAGCUCUUUAGCUCUGCCGAAUCUGGUGAAGUUUGGAUGUGGUCCGAGAAUAAAACGCACAUAGAUCCCAAUCAACAGGAUGGCAAAAGUGCUUGGCUGAGUGGCGAUCGAGUCCGAGCUCUUGUUAAUGUUGAUGGUGUACUGAGCAACAUUCGCAAACCAAUAAACUCAUUCGAUGUGCAUGGGACUCGUCUGCUCUGUGGCAGCGACUCCGAAGCCGUCUACAUUGUGGAUGAUAUUCUUUAAGAUGAUAUUCUUCGUAAGAAAUUUUCUACAUUUAUUAAAAGUUAUCUAAGAAAAAAUAAUCUUGUCUUUUU